GACAGAUGAGGAAUUUUGAAUUAAGAUCAAUUGCUUACCAUAAACGGAGCUCGGUCAGGGUACAUGCAGACGCCAAGGAUGCGCGCAUUCUUUUUUCUUUUUUCUUUUCUUUUUUUCUAUCUUGAUCAUGAUGUGCGCUGCCACUCAUGCACACUGCCACCCAGAGGGAGGCUUCAUAUCAAAUCGUUCAAACUGCAAACCUGCUUCCUGAAUUUGAUCUGCUGCUUGGAGGUACAGCUCAGAGUGCAAGACGAUAACAAAGGGGGGGAGGGGGUGGGCGACGGCGUGACGAUCAGGUAGAUGGAGGCCCCAUUGAUUCUCAUGGACGAUGUAUAUACCUAGUCUAUGAG